AUACAAAAAUAAACAACAAACUAAACUAUAAACAAAUCUACAACAUUCAAGGGAGUUCUCUCAAACCAUGCAGUAUACCAUGCUAUUACAAUUUAAUUCAUACAUACAUGUACACUAAACAUGUAUUAUAAUGAUAUUAAAAAUCUUAUAUUUUCAUUCUCACCUCAAGUGCUGACAAUGAAUUAAAGUUUUCAAUAUCUUCAGAUAUUUCUUUGAUUUCGUUAGAUGAUAGAUCCAGUCUAGUCAGUUCGACCUAGUCCCACCAUCUCUCAUCAACAUCAAAUGAAGCAGUACUACCAUCAGGAGGAUCAAUAUUGAGUCUCCACAGUUUAGGAGGAAUAACACUAAUGGCCCUGUGAUUAUACAAAUUCACCUACUAACUUUCCCACAUCCACAUGAUCAUUAAUGCGUCAUGAAAUGAAAAUAAAAAAAUCAUUUAACAGAUCAAUUUUGGUGAAUUAAAAAACAUGUUACAAGUCUCACACAGCCUCCUACCUGUUUGACAAGUUCAGUGAACCGGUUUUACGAGCUUGUUUCAAUAAGGAUUCUGGUACAGUUCCCUCCUUACCUACCCCAUCACUUUGACUAGGAGAAUUGAAGAAGUUGGGAUUUGGUUUGAGUCUAGUAGAACCAGCAGGAGAUUUUCUACUGGCACCACGACUGGAACUCAUUUUAUGAAUUUUGGAUAAAUGGGUGUGGUCUUAUGUUGCAUAGUUUGGGUGGGGCUGGUAUUUUGGAAGAAUGGCAUCUAAAAACUAUCAACCAGUGAAGAGAUGGGGACAGUCCACAGUAAAGGUAGGAGACUACCUAUAUAUGUGGGGUGGGUACGGGUCUGGAGUACACUAUGAUGUGAUGGAGGUGUAUCACUUACCAACUGGUGCUUGGGACCAGAAACCUACUAUUGGCACCCCACCACCAGGUACCAGGGGCUAUUCAUCUGUCGCCAUAGGAAAGGGCAUAUAUUAUUUCGGUGGGCGUGAAGUUGAUGAUCAAAACAGCUUACAUUCCUUCGAUGUGGAUUCAUUCAAGUGGAGAGAACUCUCUCCUUCUAGUUCUGAUCAUGGUCCAAUGAAAAAGGCCUACUGUGGAAUGGUAUCAGUUAAUUUUGACGGUGAAGACUAUCUUAUAGUAAUUGGAGGAGAUGGAUCAUCUUCUAUCAAUACUCCAAAGCAAUCUGAUGCUCAGUAUUCAACUGGUGGUAGAUGUAAUGAGAUACAUUAUUACAGGAUUUCAUCAGAUCAAUGGAUAUUUCCUGUUAUUACUGGAGACAGACCACCUCCUAUUGAGUCCUUCACUCUAACACCAGUUACUAAUAACACUGCGGUAAUGUUCGGAGGCUCUACUGAUAAUGGAUGGAGUAAUAAACUGUAUAUGAUAAGUUUCACUAAAACAUCAGUUGAUAUAUUAGAAGUACCUAAUCCUGGAGGAUCAGUACAAUGGCCUGAGAGAAGAUAUGGUCAUUCCAGUAUUAAUCUACCAGUCAAUGUCACUACGAGAUUUCGUCAUUCACUCUCAGUGUGGAGUGUUACCCCAACUACUAACUGGAUAAUUGAGUUUGGAGGAAAUACAUCAUACACAGAUGCAGCUGUUAUUGAACUCAUGGAUUAG